UCUGAAUAGAAUACUGUAAUACAGUCCUGGAAUACAGUUCAGCAGAGUCUACAGCAUAUCAACUCUGCCAGGACAAACAAGCGAAUCUUCACUUUCGAAAUCGUUUAGAAUUAAUAAAUAUUGAGAAUUUUAUUUGCAUCAUUUCAAAUUUGCAUAUGCGCAAACUCGACAAGGCACAUCAACUCCUCAAAAUCUGUUUAAACGGUUCAUAUUCUACAGUUUUCUUCAUUCUGAACGCAUGCACGAAGUUCAAACUGCGGUUAUUUCUGUUUGUCUCGUGAAGUGAUCUAAUUUGAGAGCUUUGGUUUUCCCCGCCGUCUGGAAAAGAACCUGAAUCCAAGUUAUAGGCCUACUGGUACAAGAGAUGUGUUUCGCAAUACAGUCAGAUUCUAUCCAUCGAGGGAUCCCCAUGAGUCAUUCCAAGACCUCUGACUAGGACUCAAUCGAUUGAUUAUAAUGUUAGCUUAGUUAGCUCCCUAAACUCGACAGUUGAUUUUUCGGUUCUUGUCUACUUCUCAACAGAAAAUCUGAGCACUUAGCGAGGUUUUUUUCCAUACUGCUCGCAACAGCUCUUUCUCUUGAAUCAGUUAAGUACUUUAUACGCGAACACCAAUCGGUUCGUUGUGAGAGCUUCUCAUCCACAGCUAAAUCCCCGUAUCCACAAGCUUCACAAGCUUCACAAGCUUAGGACCAAAUUCUACCGACCACCCUCGACCACCGUACCGAAGAUGGACUCUGAAGCCCACGUGGGUGACAUCGACAGUCCCGCCUCCAUCUGGAUCCCAUCGUCGGCGACGGGGGAGCAAAAUCAUCUCGACCGACGUCACAGCUGCAGAGGCCAGCUUUCGAAAAAGCUGAGUUCCCGCUCGAAACAACGUAGUACUUGUAACGCGACCGCCUGCGCCAUCGCAGUGUGUUUCAUCGCGGCGAUUCUGGCGUUGAUCAUCUCUUGCUUUACCCUCUAUAUUUACGUGCACAACCAUGGACUGGGACUCGAGAUGAACAUCGUCGAUCCGCAUCAAGAAAGUCGGCACGGUGCUUCACCUCCACCCUCAUUCGAUGGUCCUCAAACAGCUAUGCCACCACCAUUAUACGAGGGAGCGGCGAAAUCAGCCUACGCUCACGUUGUCGGGACAGACAAUGGACGGAGGGGAAAUGAUAUGCAAUUGGAAUGUUUAGCUGAAUGGAAAGUGAACGUAACACACAAUGUGAAAUUUCUGGACAGCUAUGGCAUUGAAAUCGUCGAGUCGGGUUAUUACUACCUCUACACUCAAAUCUACUUCAGUGAUUCGGAAAGUGGAGCGACAGUUGACCCCUCAUCUCAGCAGGCGUUGCCAAUGCGUUCUUCGACAAAUCGCAACCACGUCCCGUUGAUGGAAAGCGUCGUCCCUUUCAAAGAAUACGCGACGAAGUACCACGGUGGGGUGUUCCAUCUGGAUAAGGGCGAUAGGAUCACCGUGAGCGUAUCGAAUGGCGAUCUGCGAAUCAACACCGGGAGCGACAAGACCUUCUUUGGGGUCUUCAUGCUGCGUUCGACCAUGGACCUGGGCCCUGUUCAAUAAAACUUGAUAUCAAUUACAAGUUACAAGUUACUGUUACAGGCUACUGAAAUCAUGGCAUCUGAUUGGCUGAGAGCAAAUUUUUCAUAGCAAUUUAGCAGUUGUUAUAGAUAACAAGCUUUACGAAACGGGCCCCUGAUCACAGGGCUGCAGUAGCAGUUACUGUUUCUUAAUGAGAUGUUUUUUUCUUCUAAAAAACGAUGUCGUUUGGUGAGUCGAAAACAGAUCACCAUUAACGAUGAAGUAGGCUCAUAUUCAUAUAUCUGACAUUCGUUGCAGUCCUAGCAAUGAGUAGUAUGUGAAAUGUUCUCGUUCAUGUUUUGGUUUAAAUACAAUUUUUUUUUUAAUUUCUCUAAUUGCUAACCUUGUCCAUAAUAUUAGAUGAGAUAAGUAAAUCUUGAAAACAUGUCAGUGUGUACAUAAGUUAACCUGCUAUAACUGAAAUAUUUCCUUGUGUAUUAUGACGUCAUACAAGACAUCUUAUAUUUAUUAGGCGUCUAUACGCUGUAUGUAGGAAGCGAAGAUGAAAGAUUUAACAUUGCCAAUUUGAAUGCAUAGCAACAUUCGCCAAAUGUAGAUAAAUUCAAGAUCCAAGUAGCAUUUUUAAGCAUUAAAUACAAACGAAUGGAAUACAAAUAAAAGUAGCAUAUCUAACAUGAUUUAUAUGAGAAUUGUAAACUUUAUCUAGUAUAGUUUUAACAUGAUGAUUUUCUUAAUUAUUGCAUAGUUAAGAUGGCAAAGAGCAAUCCAAUAUUGUUUGUUCCAGUAGACUAAUCAACUA